AUGCGUUUCUCGUCCUCAGUCCUCGGUCUCGUGGCCGCAGCCUCCAUGGCGUCUGCCACUUGCUCUGCGCGAUCUGCCGCUGCCGCAAGCGUGGACAAGAGCUCUAUGGCUGCCGCAAGCGCCGACAGGAACUCUGCCGCUGCUGCAAGUGCCGGUAAGAGCUCUGUCGCUGCUGCAAGCGUCGACAAAAGCUCUUCCGCGAAGAGCACUGCCGCGAAAAGCGCCGCCAACUCCGGCAUCAAGGGCUUCAACCAGGGAGCCUUUUAUCUCAACCAGCAGGCCCUUAAGCAGGCCGACUUUGCCUACGAGUUCAACAAGGCGAAGAACCUGCCCGGAACGAGCGGAUGGAACAGCGCGCGUCUCUACACCAUGAUCCAGUGGGGAACCGCCAGUGAUGUUAUCGAGGCCAUCCCGGCUGCCAUCGAGACACAAACGACCCUCCUCCUCGGCCUGUGGGUCUCAGGCAGUACCGCCGCCAUCACCAACGAGUUGGCCGCCCUCGAGGCCGCCAUCACCAAGUACGGUACCGACUUCACCGACCUCGUCGUCGGCAUCUCGGUCGGCAGCGAGGACCUGUACCGCGACGCGCAAGGCGACCCCACCAACGCCGGUACCUCGGCGCAGUACCUGAUCGACUGCAUCUCGAAGGUGCGGUCGACCAUCGCCGGCGGCGCCCUCUCAGCCGCACCCGUCGGCCACGUCGACACGUACGACAGCUUUUUCAACAGCUCCAACACGGCCGUCAUCCAGGCUGUCGACUGGCUGGGCUUCGAUGGCUACCCCUUCUGGGAGAAGGCCAACGCCAACAGCAUCGGUGAUGCUCACGAGCGCUUCUACGACGGCUACAACAAGACCCUGGCGCUCGCCGGCGGCAAGCCCGUCUACGUCACCGAGACCGGUUGGCCCGUGUCCGGCGACACCGAGAACCAGGCUGUCGCCAGCCCCGAGAACGCCCGCAUCUACUGGCAGGACAUUGCCUGCAGUCUCAUCAACUCGGGCAUCAACCUCUGGUGGUACUCGCUCCAGGAGUCGCAGUACGGCACUGCUAACCCUGACUUUGGUAUCUACGGUGCCGGUGACCUGGGCACUCUCUCGCCCCAGUACGAGCUAUCCUGCUAA